AUGGAUGAGAAAACCACUUCGGAAGGGCACGACCCAGCCUCAGCCUCAGGCUCAGCCUCCAGGGAUCUCGACUCGAUUCAAGAGAACGCACCUCAAAGCACGAACGUAGCAGACCACAACGAUCCUACCCUCGACCGCAGCGGCAGCCCCAGCGAGACGGCCAACGAACCCCAAGUCACACUGCCUUCGGAGCAAGACACCACGUCCCCUCCUCUCCAGUACUUCGAGGAUGCCGAGUACUUCGAACACGUCCAGUUUUUCGAAGAUGUCCGGCAAAACACUUGGAUCCUGGCGGACCGCGGCUACUCCGGCUGUCUGGAUGGCCCUUCAGCAGUGGGCACGAGCGGCAUCGCCAGCUGCGUCGGCAUGUAUGUCGAGCCGCGGCCCGACGAGUUCUUCCUCUGGCACAUCCAGUGCGACCCGCUGAGGAAGGAACGUGACAACAAUCAGAAGCUUCGUAACAGCGAGGGCAGGCUGGUCGCGCGCCGGUUUCAGGAAGUGUUGGGCGAAUACAUCGAGGGCGAGAUCGAUGUCGAUCUAGUCAAGAGCACAUUGGUCUUGACGAGCAGUUGUCCGGACGACCAGAGCUAUGCGAUAGUCGAUGGCGUGCUGGCUUGGGCUGGAUUUGGUGCAGAGCAGGCGGAGAGGUGGAAGGAGGAGCAGUAUGGCGACGCGAGCGCGUUCAUCGUCAAAACCCCAGGUAGUGGAAGCCUGGAGGCGAGUGGUCUGGUUUAUGUGGACUGGGAAGAUAUUGGUGAUGAGACUAGCGAGCAAGAGUGGCUGAUGGAUCGAUUGGCAUCUGCCCACGAUAGGCCUUUCUGGUGGAGUUGUCUGCUGCAAGGGACGCAGGGCCUCGAUUUCGUGGAACCCGAGUCGGUCGGAGAAGCAGAGCAGCCUUGA